GGUUUACAAUUUUCUGCUUAACAGGAAGAUAUGGUUAGUGAAAUGUUUAAAAAACAUCCAGAUCUCACUUCAAACUUCGAUUUGAAGAAUCAAAAACUCAAGAAUGCUUACAUGGAUGUCCUCCUCGACCUAAUUGAGACAUUAAGCCAGUCGGCGAACGAGCUCUCAUCGGAAGACCUAGACAAAGCAGAGAGUACGCUUUUCGAUCUUACUAGAGCAGGCUUGAAAGUGGGUUGGUUGCGUCAGAAUUUGGAUGAAGCUUACUUAGAGAAGGAGAAACAGAGAGUUAGUGAGAUUCGAAUCAGACAACUCGAGGAACAGGUCAAGAAGCGAAAGCUGAAUUUGUCCGAUUUGGAAUCCGACCUUCGAACAGAGAGAGCUACAGCUUUGGUUUCUAAUGACCGAAUUGGAUCCGGCGAUCUUAUCUGAAGAAUGAAGUCUUUCAUCUUUUUAUUUUUCCUUUCCCUGUUUCAGCAGAUUUUGAAUUUUUGUUACAUAGCUUGUGAGUUGUGAAACAAGGAUCAAAUCGUUCUUUAAGGUUUUGCCUUGAUUUAUGUUUAGUAUCUGUACGAACCUUUUUAAUUCAUGAAUGUUUUGAUUUGACUGACCUAUUUAUUUAAGUAAUAUUUUGGAACGCGUGGUCAUUAAUCCCUUUUAUUGAAAUAACUAGCCCUGGGCGUUCGGUUUAACCGGGUUAUUCGGGUUGGAUUGUUCGGUUUAAGGAAAAUUCGGGUUUUGAAAAAUCUCACCGAAUAGACCCGAAAUAAAAUUCGGUUCGGGUCGGUUUGGAAGUCGGUUUAUUCGGGUCGGUUUUAAGGAUUUAUAUCUAUUCCGAGAAAAAACCGAUUUUUUUCUACUUCGGUUUAUUUAAACCGAAAUACACCAAAAUAAGAAAUUAUGGGCUUAAAUAACUUACAUUUACAAACCACAAUAAUGGACCUAACCUAAUUAAAAUUUGGGCCUCUUAACAAACUCAAACCCAUCAAAAAAGUUAGGGUUUUUACAAACAAGGAGAUCACGGCUGCAAAUUCGCCGUUGCCGCUUUCUUUGACAGAUCUGAAGCGUUGCCGUUGCCGUCAA